CCAGUCGAGCGGGCCUCAGUCGCGACGCGUCGGUGUCGACAAAGUGAUCGGUGAUGGCUCCGCGACGCACCCCGGGGCCCGGGCCCGCCCUGCCGCUGCAACCCCUGCUAGCGCUGCUGUGCGCCCUGGCCGCCCUGCUGCAGGCCGUCGCCGCGGUGCCCCUCAGCGAGUUCUACCCUUACGGCCCCCGGGCGAAUGGCAGCCAGACGCUGCCACCGAGCGCCGCCAGGGCCGGACCCCAGGAAGGCUCCAGCAGGGAAGUCCGCCUCCGCGUGCCCAUCAGCUUCUACGACGCGCAGUACGAGAGCGUCUUCGUGAAUGUGAACGGGCUGCUGUCCUUCCUCACGGACAUCCCCCAGUUCCUGAACUUGCCGUUCCCGCUCGAGUACCCCGUGAUAGCGCCGUUCUACGCCAACGUCGACACGAGCGUUAGCGGCACCGUCUACUUCCACGAGAGCGAGUCGGUCGAGGACCUGCAGAGGGCGUCCGAGCGCGUGCGCAGGUCCUUCUCGGCGUCCACCUUCCAGCCCACGGCCGUGUUCGUGGCCACCUGGGAGCGGGUGGGCUACUUCAGCCAGGGCGCCGACAAGGUCAACACGUACCAGGUGGUGGUGAGCAGCGACGGCACGCAGUCCUUCGCCGAGUUCCUCUACGCCGACGGCGGCAUCCAGUGGGUGCAGGGCGUGUCGCGCCAGCAGGGCGGGCUGCCGGACGCGCGCGCGCAGGCCGGCUUUGUGUCCGCGGACGGCCGCCACUUCGAGCUGAAGGGCUCCGGCACGGACCACAUCAUCAACGUCGACAAGUGGAGCAACGUGAACGAAGCCGGCGCCUUCAUCUUCCGCAUCAGCCCGACGGAGAACGGUCAGGUGGUGCAGGCCGACCUCGCCGAGGAAGCCCCCUCCGAGAAGGCCACCUGCCGCAGCGACCAGACGGUGUGCCACGCCGCGGCCGAGUGCGCGGACCGCGGCGGCGAGGCGUGCUGCGUGUGCCGCAGCAGCCACUUCGGCAACGGGCGGCAGUGCCUCACCAACGGCGCGCCCUUCCGCGUCACGGGCCGCCUGUCCGGCUCCAUCAACGACGUGAACGUGACGUCGCUGGACCUGCAGUCGUACGUGCUCGUGCAGGACGGCCGCUCGUACACGGCCUUCUCCGGGGUGUCGGCCGAGCUGGGCGCCGAGCUGCAGCUGCUCACCCCCAUCGCCAUGUCCAUCGGCUGGAUGUUCGCCAAGCCGGCCGCGGCCGGCGCCCCCAACGGCUUCACGCUGACGGGCGGCGUGGCCACGCACUCGGCCGAGCAGUUCUUCCCGCAGUCGGGCGAGCGGCUCACCCUCACCAUGCGCUACCUCGGACUCGACGUGUUUGACCAGCUGCGCCUCGAGGUGGAGGUGACGGGCUCCACCCCCAGCCUGCCGCCGGGCGCCCGCAUCAACAUGCUGGAGCACGAGGAGUUCUUCACGCGCCAGGGGGCGGGCAGGCUCCACGCCAGCUCGCGCCAGGCCUACACCCUGGACGACGCGCCGCUGGAGCACCGCUUCACGGUGGAGCAGCGCGUCGAGUACUCCGAGUGCGGCACCCCCGACUGGCUGGACACGGAGGCCGAGCCGCAGCCCGGCGAGGAGGCCGCCGAGCAGGGCCUCAAGCUGCAGGCCUCGAUGAGCCUCAUCUCGUACGAACCGCGCGACGGUAUCGUGCGCUUCGCGCCCAACACCAAGAUCACCAACAAGCUUAACGAGACUGACCCCUGCGACGAAGGCCGCCACCGCUGCGGAGCCAACUCGUUCUGCUCGCCAUCCGAGGACUCGUUCGAGUGCCAUUGCAGUGCGGGGUACCAGAAGCUUGUCUCGGAGCUCACGCUGCAGAACGGCGUGGAGGAGUGCGUGGACAUCGACGAGUGCCAGCUGGGCCGCCUGCCCUGCUCGCCCGACGCGCGCUGCAUCAACACCCCCGGCGGCUUCAACUGCGAGUGUCUGCCCGGCUUCAUCGGCAACGGCGCCGUCUGCGAGCCCAUCGGGGCGCAGCGCUCGUGCGCCGAGCUAGGCUGUGAUCGCAACGCGGACUGCCGCGACAACCGGUGCUUCUGCCUGUCGGGCUUCGUCGGGGACGGGUACCGCUGUGAGCCGGACCGGCCCGACCAGCCCCAAGACCCCUACCAGCCGCAGUACCCCAACCAGCCGCAGUACCCCGAACAGCCGCAGUACCCCAACCAGCCGCAGUACCCGGACCAGCCGCAGUACCCCAACCAGCCGCAGUACCCGGACCAGGGGCAGUACCCACCCUCCGAGACGUACCCGCCCAGCGGACCCAGCCACAACGCCGGCCCACCGUCCGGACCGCCCGCGCCGCCCUGCCAGGUGGCCGAGGACUGCUCGCCCAACGGCGCCUGCUCGCAGGACGAGCGCACCGGCGGCCGGGCCAAGGCGUGCGUGUGCCUACCGGGCUACGAGGGCGACGGCGUUUCCUGCACGGCGCAGCCCAUCCCCGUCAUGUGCGACGCCGACGGCAUGUGCGACUGUCCGCCGGGGCUCAACUUCGAGCAGGAGAUGUGCGUGCCCCCGGUCCCCGUGGAGCCGAGCGAGUACGAGAUUUCCUGCGACUCCGUCAACAACUGCCACCCGCACGCCACGUGUGCGUACGUGGCCGCCUGGUUGACCCACAAGUGCGUCUGCAACGUCGGCUACAGCGGUGACGGCUACGAGUGCUCCAAGAACGCAGCGGGGUCGUGCCUGGAGCUGCAGGACUGCCACCCGCGCGCCGAGUGCGUGCUGCUGGACCACGAGGAGCGGUACGACUGCCGCUGCCGCGCGGGCUUCCGCGGCGACGGCCGCCUGCAGUGCGUGCGCGAGGAGCCGGCGGGCUGCGAGGUGACGCGCGACUGCCACCCGGACGCGCGCUGCAUGCCCGUGGGCCGGCGCUACGAGUGCGUGUGCGGCCCGGGCUUCUCGGGCUCGGGUAAAGAGUGCGAGCGCACCACGCCGCCGGGCUGCGAGGUGCUGCAGGACUGCGGCCGCAACGCCGAGUGCCUGCGCGUCCGCGGCGAGGCCGGCUACCGCUGCCAGUGCCAGCCGGGGUACGUGGGCGACGGCUACCGCUGCGACCAGGACCCCGCGCGCCAGCGGGAGCGGGAGCGCGAGCGGGAGCGGCUCUACUGCGGCCCGCAGGGCAACCGCCGCUGCACCGAGAAGGAGUCGGACUUCAUGGUGAUCGCCCAGGGCAUGGCGCUGAUGCGGGUGCCGCUGCUGCCACCGCAGACCGCCUCCGAGGCCGGACAGCCCCUGCAGAUCCACUACUUCCAGGACGCCAUCGGUGUGGACGUGGACUGCCAGGAGCAGCGGCUGUACUGGAGCGACGUGGCCAGCAAGUCAAUCAAGAGCAUGUUCUACAACGGCACGGCCAUCUCCACGUUCCUGGACGAAAACAUCGUGAGCCCCGAGGGCAUCGCCGUCGACUGGGUGUCGAGGAACAUCUACUGGGCCGACUCGCACAAAGACACCAUCGAGGUGGCCAGCCUGGACACGAAAGGCCGCACCACCCUGGUCAGGGACGGCCUUGUCAACCCCAGAGGCAUUGCCGUACAUCCGCAGAGAGGGCAACUGUUCUGGUCUGACUGGGACCGUGUGUCACCGAAGCUCGAGUGGUCAAACUUGGACGGUUCGCAGCGAGAGGUGUUCCUGCAGGGCAACGCCGUCAAGCUUCCCAACUCCCUCGCCAUCGAUUUCGACCGCGACGAGCUUUGCUGGGCGGACGCGGGGACCAAAUCGAUCGAGUGCAUCGGCAUCAGCAACGCGGUGCGCCGGACGGUCGUGUCGAACUGCUCGUAUCCGUUCGGCCUCGCCAUGUCGGAGGACAACUACUUCUGGACGGACUGGGAGAGCCACCGCGUCGAGAGCGCGUCCCGGCCAGAGGGCGCCAUCCGCCCCGCCAAGGAGGUGCCGCUCGGGGGCUCGGGGAAGAUGUACGGCCUCGUGCUGGUGCCCGAGGAGUGUAGGAGAAUGAGCAACCCCUGCGGCUGGCAGCGAGGAUACUGCAACCCGGACCAGAUCUGCCUGCCCGACGGGCACCAGAACCGGCGCUGCGUGUGCCCCGAGGACCAGACGUGCACGGAGGAGUGAGGCACGGGGCGAACCGGAACUACUUCUACUUACCGGAAGGGGUGGCCGGGUCGCGCUCGCGAGUGAGACGAGACGGCUGCCGGCCAGGGCCGAGGCCAGGGGAAGUGGGGACAAGAGUGCAGUGCGCACAGACCAUAUUAUGCCCCUGGGGCCCAAAUGUUAUUUAUUAUGCCGCCAUUUCGUCUGUGGCCAGAGGCCGACUCACCGUGAACCCUAUGCAGUAGCCGUCGCGGCAACAGUAUUUUGUGAAAAUUCGUCCUCUUUGGUAAUAGUGAUGAGGAAGUGUUUUAACCGUUGAAACGUGGUGCGUAUGCGCGAGUAUGUGUGUGCGUCACUGUGUGCGAGCGAGUGCGCAACGAGCAAGCGUGUGUUUAAUUCGGAACCACAUCGCCCAUGUUUGAAAAUUUACAUAAAAUUUAGAUGAUACGAGUGACCAGCAGAGGGUAAAUGUGACGACACCCGAACGACUGCUAAAAACGACUGUUGACAUGUCAAAAAAUAGACAAAAGACAACAUCAGGAUUUUGUCGUAAGCCUUUUUCAAAAGAAAAUGAACAAUGAAAAUAAACGGAUUUUGUAAUGGUUGA